UGGCCAAAGUUCCUUAUGAUCGAGACGUUGUCGUAACAAGUCUCAACCACACCCAACACAGCUAGUGUACAAAUACACAUGCAUGCUGGCAGAUGGAGCAUCUAUCUAUCAGGAAUGCGUUAUCCAAGAAACACUAGACACGACUCACACGAGUAGCAAGCAAAGAAAAAAGAUGGACGCAACGAAGAAACGCGUGGCGAUCGUCGGCGCCGGCCCGAGCGGCCUGGCGGCAUGCAAGCACGCCCUCGCCAAGGGGUUCCGCCCCGUGGUCUUCGAGUCCGCCGCCGGCGUCGGCGGCGUGUGGAGGCGGACGCUCGCCUCGACGAGGCUGCAGACGCCGGCGUCCGCGUACCGGUUCUCCGACUUCCCGUGGCCGGCGCCGGCGGACGCCGCCUCGGCCGAGGGGCUCUUCCCGCGCCACGACCAGGUGCUGGAGUACCUGGACGCGUACGCGCGGCGCUUCGGCGUCCUGGAGCGCGUCCGGUUCGGGUGCAAGGUGCUCGGCGCCAGCUACGUCGGCGCGACGGAGCGGGAGGUGGCCGCGUGGGAGCGGUGGUCCGGGAACGGCGAGGCGUUCGGCGACGGCACGGGCGAGUGGCACCUCACCGUGCGGCACGGCGACGGCGAGUCGGAGAGCACUCAGACGUACAGGUUCGAUUUCCUGAUCCUUUGCAUCGGGAGGUACGGCGUCCCCAAGCUCCCCGCGUUUCCCCACGGCAGAGGCCCCGAUGCGUUCCGCGGGCGGGUGCUCCACUCCAUGGAGUACUCGAGCAUGGUGCACGAGGACGCCGCCGAGCUGGUCAGGGGCAAGCGCGUCGCCGUGGUGGGCGCCGGCAAGUCGGCCAUGGACACCGUCGCGCAGUGCGCCGUGGCCAACGGUGUCAGGUACCCGUGCACAAUGGUCUACAGAAGCGCCCACUGGAUGGUGGAUCCCAAAGUUGCUCGGCGCGUGAAAUUCUUUACCUUCACCUCGUCCCGGUGGACGGAGCUGAUGGUUCACAAGCCCGGCGAAGGGUUCGUUCUGAGCCUUGUCGCCACGAUGCUGAGUCCACUGAAUUGUUGUUCGUCCUUGCAGAGAUGGGUGAUAUCGAAGGUGACGGAGGCCUACUACAAGAGGAGCAUCCCGAUGCGGGAGCACGGGAUGGUGCCGGACUGUGGCUUCGAGCAGGCGAGCCUGGGCUGGCGGCUGGGCAUACUCCCAGAGGGGUUCUACGACAGGGUGGACGAAGGCAGCGUCGAGCUCCGGAGGUGCGGCUCCGUCGGCUUCUGCGCCGACGGCCUCGUGCUGGACGCCGGCGGCGAGGGCGAGCGCGUCGUCGGCGCCGAAGUGGUCAUCCUCUGCACGGGCUUCGACAUCGACCGCCCACUGCGGGACGUGUUCGCGUCGCCCUGGUUCAGCGAGAUGGUCGCCUCGGGCGACCACGGCGGCGGCGGAGCGGUGCUCCCGCUGUACCGGCACUGCGUGCACCCGCGGAUCCCGCAGAUGGCCGUGGUCGGGUACGCGGAGAGCGGGUCCAGCAUCUACCCCUACGAGAUGAUGGCCAAGUGGGUGGCGCACCUGCUCGACGGCGCCGUCCGGCUGCCGGGCGUCCGCGACAUGGAGCGCGGCGUCGCCGAGUGGGCGCGGUGGGGACGGUGGGCGCGCCGGAGCUGCGGGGGCUUCUUCCUCAAGUCGUGCGUCGCCUCCGUCACGACGUGGUACCACGACCAGCUGUGCCGGGACAUGGGCCACAGCCCAAGGAGGAAGGACGGGCUCCUCGCCGAGUGGCUGCAGCCGUACGGGCCGACGGACUACGCAGGCAUCCAGUGAAGAAAGCUACUAGCAGAUCGAUACAGAGCCCGAGAUGGGCACGGCCGGUAAUCGAUCGGGCCAUCGGGGCAGUUGAAGUCAGUAAUUCUUGCUCGGCGCGAUCUCUCUAGCGCGUCGAUCGCAUCCUGGAGUAAUUAACAUGAAUUUGAUUCUAGAGAGAUUCAAUCUUUGAUCAUGCAAACAAAAAUGGCAGUGAGUGAUUUGAUUCACACGGAGUGACAUUGCAUUCAUCUUCGAUCAUGCAGACAUGGCAGUGAUUUGAUUCAGACCGAGUUGCAUUGCUUGUUUAA